AUGUCCUCCUUGUGCACGUCGCAUAACUCUCGCUACUUUUCGGUAUCGAAGACGGACGACAAGCCGAAAACUGCUAGGAAUUGCAUCAGAAAGAUUCUAUACGCGUUCGACCCCGUUGAAACCCAAUCAGCUUCGUCGUCAUGGCCAUACUUCUCCUUUCUCAACCCUCAAGCUGUCGCCGACUCGCCUGAACUGCGACAUGCAAAUUGCAUUGUUCCGUCAAGCCUGAAAAUACCAUGGGUUACAUCAUUCCCCGCCUCGCUGCAGUCCAAGUACUGGACGGAAGCGGAAGAGGCUGCGAGAGAUUUGCUACGGGCGAUCUUUGUCACACCUUCACGAAAUGUCUCUGAGAAGUACAUCGAAGCCGUGAUCGAUGCGGCUGCCUCAUUCACUGUGAACGUUGCCCCAACAGGAAGCUUAUCGAGAACGAGAGCUCUGGCGAGGGCUUAUACGCUCAUCUUCAUACAUGAUGACGCCGUUGAGUCGGGAAACUUCGAUGCAACCAUUCCGAAUACGUAUAACAAUAAUGAGCGACGGUCUCAUACCGGAUUUGAUAUGGUAGCGCAGGAAGUCAUGUCUGAGGACACAGUGCAAGGCAGGAGAUUUCUGGAUGCUAUGAUAUCGUGGGGAUCUUUGCCACAGCCGAAACAAUCCAGGAAAUCCUUCCCGACACUAAUGGACUACCUGAAGCAUCGGAUAGAGGAUGUGGGAGCUUACCUCGUCUUUCGCAGCGCAGGAUUCGCCUCGGAUAUCUCAGUCACAGACCAAGAUGAACAAGCUCUUGAGCGCCUGAGCCCUCUCUGCGCGAAACAUUUUGCAUUGACCAACGAUCUAUACUCGUAUGCUAAGGAAGUCAUCGCUGAAAAAGAGCAUGGAGAACCUCUACUCAACGCCGUCAAGGUCGUAGAAGAUUUGUUGGAUGUUUCCUCUUCGUCGGCCAAGUCGAUACUGCGUGGUGUCAUAUUGGAUACCGAGCGGCAGUUGGGCGAAGAAUAUGAGUCUCUUCUCAACACCAAGAGUACGACAAUCACACAGCUGGUCUACGCUCGGGGAUUGAUCAUCGCUGUAGCAGGGAACAUAUUCUUCUCGGCUACGAGCUCUCGCUAUGCUAAAGCCGUCGACGGAUCCAGGCUAGUAUAG